GCGCCCCGCCCUCCCCAGCUGUGCACCCUCGGUCCAGCUGUGCGCGCACGUCGGGAGUCCGAGCCAUGUCCGCCAAGAGAGAGGAAGCCGAGGCGGCCACUCUGGUGGCAGCGGCCGAGGAAGGGGCCGGGAAAGAUGCCUCUUCGCAGCCCCCGAAAGCCGAGGCAGCUGGCGACCCCCAGCCGCCCGCAGCCUCCGAGGGGGCCGCCGCCGACGCCAAGCCGCCGCCGCUGCGUGGCCUGGUUCUCACCGGCUUCGGCGGCUACGACAAGGUGAAGCUGCAGAGCCGGCCGGCCGCGCCCCCGAAACCCGGGCCCGGCCAGCUGACGCUGCGCGUGCGAGCCUGCGGGCUCAACUUCGCCGACCUCAUGGCCCGGCAGGGGCUGUAUGACCCUCUGCCGCCGCUGCCCCUUACUCCGGGCAUGGAGGGCGCGGGCGUCGUGACUGCUGUGGGUGAGGGAGUCAGCGACCGCAAGGAAGGCGACCGGGUGAUGGCCUUGAUCCGAUCAGGGAUGUGGCAGGAGGAGGUGAAUGUUCCCGCAGCCCAGACGUUCCUGAUGCCUGAGGCCAUGACCUUUGAGGAAGCCGCUGCCCUGUUGGUCAAUUAUAUCACAGCCUACAUGGUUCUCUUUGACUUUGGCAACCUACGGCCUGGCCAUAGCGUCUUGGUACACAUGGCUGCAGGGGGUGUGGGUAUGGCAGCCGUGCAGCUGUGCCGCACAGUGGAGAAUGUGACAGUGUUUGGGACAGCCUCCGCCAGCAAGCAUGAGGCGCUGAAGGAGAAUGGGGUUACACACCCUAUAGACUACCACACGACUGACUACGUGGAUGAGAUCAAGAAGAUCUCCCCUAAAGGAGUGGACAUUGUCAUGGACCCCCUAGGAGGGUCAGAUACAGCCAAGGGCUACCACCUCCUCAAACCCAUGGGCAAAGUCGUCACCUAUGGAAUGGCCAACCUGCUGACUGGCCCCAAGCGGAACCUGAUGGCCCUGGCCCGCACGUGGUGGAAUCAGUUCAGCGUGACAGCUCUGCAGCUGCUGCAGGCCAAUCGGGCUGUGUGUGGCUUCCACCUGGGCUACCUGGAGGGUGAGGUGGCACUGGUCAGUAGUGUGGUGACCCGCCUCCUGGCUCUCUACAACCAGGGCCACAUCAAACCCCGCAUUGACUCAGUCUGGCCCUUCGAGAAGGUGACUGAUGCUAUGAAGCAGAUGCAGGAGAAGAAGAAUGUGGGCAAGGUCCUCCUGGUGCCUCGGCUAGAGAAGGAGAACUAGGGUGAGGGGCUUUAGGACCCUUGGACCCCAGGAAGGGAGACGCUGGGGAGCUGCAUUCUGUUGACCACCAGAGUCUCACCUUUCAUUCUCUAUUGUAAUGCCCUGUCCUCUCCACACCCCCAAAGGUCUCUGUGGCAAUGACCUCUCCCCUGCCCUGUUUUUUCACUUUGAUCAGGGCUGCCCCCUCCCCACUUCCUGCCCUCUCAAGAGGUUGGGAAGUGACCACUUGGAUGUCUGGCCCUGCCAAGGGGACAGGGAGGGUCAGAGGGAGGCCGGCUGCUUCCUGCCCCCACCCUUUCCCCAGGCCUGCUGUGCUGCUUUUGUGCCAAGGUUAGCCAAUCCUUCCCCGUCUUGUUCUGUUGCUUCCGCCCGUGCCUCAUCUCCCUUCCUGCCCCUGCCCAUCACCUCCUCAAAGAAUUGAAAUGUCAGCUCAGGAUAUGGGGGCCCAUCUGUGUGAGUCCAGCAUGUCCUGUCACUUCCUAGAGUCCCUGCAGCCCAGGCUGAACAGCGCCCACCUCUGAACUCUCUGAAUUCUGUUGCAUGGCCUGUUCCUCUGUCCCCAACUUCUUAAGCACAACUGGGCUUCUUCCACCUCCAGGUUUUCUGCCAUUCUUAACCAAGCUUGCCUCUUACAACAAGGGUGGGAAUCAGACCUCCUCCCCCAGGUCGUGGCCCUUAGGAGGGAUACAGAGCCCCCACCUGCCCUCCUUCACUGAGUUCUCUGGAUCUGUUCUCAGUGCCUUAGCAACGGAAAACCUGUGCUUAUGUGUGUGUGGGGGGGUCUCUGUCCCCUGCCUCCUUCUCACUCCUGUUCUCCCCAGUGCCUUCCUUGUUCUGGUGGAGCUGGGGUUUCACUCCUCCCCAGUCCCACAACACUGCCAAAAAUUUGUGUACGUGCCAGUGGGUGGUGGGCCAGCCCCUAGCCUCCCAGGGCUGGGGCAGAGUCAGUCACCCUUAUUGUGGUCUGUGCUGUGUCCUGUCUCUGGGGCUGUCGUUGCUCUAUCAGUGGCUGGGGAGGAAGAGGUGGGGAAGCUUUCUCAGCCUUGCAGAUACGUGUGGCAUUCACUAGCCAGAGAGCUGAGACGCAAUGUUGUCUGUUUCUUGUUCUGGGACCAAAGUAAAAAUCCAAGCACAUUCUCUUUGCAGGUAAGGGGGGUGGCCCCGCUGCCUUCUCAGAGCAGGGAGGCAACUUCUUAAACUCAGCCCCAAACUUUGUUUACAUGGGAGGGGAGAUGGAACAGGGGAGUGAAUGGGGGUAGGCCCAGGUCCUGGAGCCCAAGGGGGGACUUCCUGGGGUAGAGGUAUAAACUCCCUCUGCCCGCUGAGCCAAGAUGAGAGAAGUUAUUGCUGCAGCCAUUGCUGAUGGGGGGAGGGGGGUGGGGGCCGGUGCAGGCUUAGCCUCUUCAUUGUCUAAAUGAGGCCGAAACAUGUGAAGUGCGAUUUCUGCUUUUGUGUAUUCCACCCCAUUACCGCAGCUGCCUUUGUGUUUGUGUCAAUAAAAAGCCAAACCCUG